AGAUAUAAAUAAAUAUAGGCAAACUGUAUCAAUUAAUAUUUAAAAGGGUAGGUUCAGCUUACCAAAAUGAAUGCAAGCAAAUAAAAUUUAGACACAUUUUUAGCUAACUAAGAUCAGGUGGCUAUUCAAAAUAGAGAAUCUAGUUUAUUGUCUACUUAAAAUAUAGAUGUGUAACAAUAUUGUAAAAAAGUCAUUCCUUAAAUAAGAAGUUAGUAAUUAUCUCCAGUUGGUAUUCCGUUAUCCAGAGCUUUUUCAUAGACUUCUCGUAGAUAUAAAGUUAAAAUUAAUACAAACAAUAUUGCCAUACCAAAAGAUUUCUUUAGUAAUAUCAUCGAUUCCAACGAAAUCAAUUCUACUUAAUUCCUAGGAAAGGAGAAUAACUAAAAAUUUUCAAAUAAUACGAAAUAAAAUAUGAUAAUCAAUUUAAGCUAAAAGCAAGAUGGAAUUAUAAAAAGCACAGUUUUUCAAAAUGAGAGCUAUAAAUUUGAAUAAGACAUUUCAAAUACAAAAAACACUAACAAUCUCUAUGAUUAAGGAGUUACUUAUAGAGCUUAAGAUUUAUUAAAUCUUCAAAAAAAUUCUAAUAAUUUUUCCAAUGCUCGUCAUUAAUGUAUGGAAAUUUAACUAGCAAAUAGUUAAGAUAGUAAGUUAAUAUAAUGCAAUUAAUUAAAUGAAUAAGCAAUUAUUUAAAACAUAACAACUCCAAAAUUUGUAGAAAAAAAGCUUGUUUUUGGCAAUUAAAACGAAGGAAUAGAAUAAGAUUUCAAUACUGCUGUUAAAAGCUAAAGGAAAAUCACCUCAACAAAACGAGUUCAAAGGAAUUUUAUUAGAAAUUAGUUGCAUUAAUAAUAAUAAGAUAUUGCUUUAUAGACUUCCUUUCAAACAGAACAAGUAAAUUUGAAAAAUGUAUUUGAAUAAUCAAAAAAAUAGAUUUAAAGUAAUAAAAAUUAGUUUUUUGAUACCAAAGAUGCUUUAAAAUAGAUUUAUAGUUAAACUUCUCUAGAAAGGAACAACAAAAAUUUAAUACUUACUAACUAAGAAAACAACUAGCUAAGCAAUAUAUUAAUUAAUAAAGGGAAUCUAAGCUAUAGCAAAUAGAAAAGUUUUCCAAAUAAUUAAAACAAUAAAGUCUCUAAUAGUGACAUUAAUAAUAAUUAAGAAAUCAGCAACUGUGAAAAUAGUGUAAACAAAUAUUAAAUUAUUUAAUUAACUAAAUCUUCUUAUUCGUGCGAUUAAGAAGAAUGUAGAGUCGCUAAAUCUGAAUAAAUUAUCAAAAAUAAAGACAAAAAUACGAAUUAAACAACAAAUUUAUAAAAAACUGAUCCAUAAAAAAACCUAAUUCAGAAAAAGGUAAGAAAAAUAAAUAUAAAAAAUGAAUAAAACUAAGAGGAAAAAACAUAAAUUAAUUCUUCUAAUGAAAUUAAUGAUUGCAAUAAAUUAGCAAACAUGAUCACUUUAACUAAUGAGUUUAUAUUUAAUAAAUAGAUCAUCAAUCAAUCUGAAAAACAAGAUAAUUCUAGCUCAAAUAAUAUUUUUAUUUAAGAUCUAAAAAAUCAGAUCAAUAUGAAUCAAUCAUAAUCAAUUGAAAAAUAACCAGUUAAUUCAGUUUAAAAUUCUAAAAUUUGUGAAGAUUUUAAUAAAUUUAGCUUAGAAAAGAUAAAGAAAAAUUUAUUCCAAGACACUACAUAGUAAUAAAGGUAGAUUAACAUUCAAGCUAACAGCUGUAAAAAGUUAAGUGAUUGCUAUAAAAAUACCUCAAGUGAGGCAUUUCCAUAGUUAUUUAUAAUAGAUUCUGAUCAGAAUUUUAAGCUAAACUAAUAAAAUCAAAGGUUAUUGGAAAAUAGAAGCACUACUACUUCUCAAUUAACUAAAAGGUAACAAAUGCUUUAUCUCCAAGGCUAAAUAAAAAAGAGAAACUAGCUUUCUCUCCACGAGGAUUAUAAUAGCAAGUAAAGUUAACUGUAUUAAUAAUAAUAGCAACAGCUUAUAAGCAAUCCAAAAAACUAUAUUUAAAAAAAAUAUAGUAUAAAUCAGAAUUUUAAUGAUUAGCAAUAAGGAGGAGAGCCUUUCAGUCUACAAAAUCUAAUGUAAAAUACAAGCUUUGAAAAGUUUGAAUAAAAUUAUUACUCAGCAAAGUCAUAACAGUAAGAACUUGAAGGAUCUCUUAAUUAGCAAUUUAAUUCAAAUCAAAAUGAAUUGCUACCUAAAUUAUAUCCUACUAAAGUUAAUUACAAAUCUCAUAAAGAUAGAAAUUUCAGUCUGAACUACUUAAAAAAAUAAAAUUUAGCCCAAUCUUAAUAUUAGAUUAUUUCUCCUACAUAUACAAAUAGUAAUAUUGAUAAUUAAAGCUAAAUCCUUAACCCUUAAACUUGUAAUAAUUUCAAUUAACCAAACUCAUCCAAUAACAUAGAUCUGAAUUCUAUUACUAAAAAUUUAAUCCCUCUGAACUUAGUUAAGGGGCAAAUCUUCAGUAAUUAUUCUCAUAGAGAAAAAAUCUAAACAUCUGACACAACUCCUUCUUCCAAAUAAGAACUUUCAAAAAUAAAUUUUUAGCUUUUAAAAUAUGAAUAACAAUUGAAUUAAAAAAACAAUCAAUCACCAUAAAGCUUUAUUAAAAUCGAAUAGGAUAUAGAAGACAUUUGA